GAAAUUCAGGAGUUAAAAGACUGGCGCUGAUUAGCUAAUCCAGAAUUUCCUAGAUGAAAGACCACUUGUGAUUCGUCCUGAGUAGAGCCUCGCUCCUGUGGGCUGAAACUGGCUGGGCUGAGAGGCGUGAGUACGGGACCUGGGAGAUGCGAAGCCCGGUGAUCGGGGUGGAGGAAACCCAGGAGCACCGAGAAGCGCAGCAGCACCGCUAACAGCAGGACCAGCUUGUCGCACUGUGCCCAGUGCUGUGCCACGCAUGGCUGGCACGGUGCUCGGCGUGGGGCCGGGCGUGUUCAUCCUCGCCCUGCUCUGGGUGUUGGUGCUGCUGCUGUGUGCCCUGCUGUCCAGAGCCUCAGGGGCAGCGAGGUUCUCUGCCGUUUUCGUGUUCCUCGGUGCUCUGAUCAUCACAGCCGUUCUGUUGCUCUUCCCUCGAGCCAGUGACGCCCCAGCCCCCGAGGUGGAGAUCAAGAUUGUAGAUGCCUUUUUCAUUGGCCGCUAUGUCCUGCUGGCUUUCCUCACUGCCGCCUUCCUUGGAAGCCUUUUCUUGGUUCUAAUCCAUCACAUCCUGGAGCCAAUCUAUGCCAAACCACUGCGGUCCUACUGAGUCGUCUUCAGGAAAACCAAGACCUUGUUCUCCCCCGCGCUUUGAUGUCACUGGUGAGCAGCAAGGUACUGUUCAGAGCUUUGUGUUGACAGCCUUCCUGCCUUAAGAUCAGAGGAUCAUCUCUUCAUCACGAAGACAAAUCCGUUGAGUCCUGGCUUCCAGAAACAGGAUUGCAGAAUUGCCCCCGAGGAAAGAUUUCUCACCAGCUUAAGGGGGAUAUAUAUCACUGUCUUCUCAGCACCUGUACCUCAGGUUUUCCACCUCUUUUGAAAAGGAAAUAGCAACAGCGAUCUGCUUAGGUUUUUCAAUCAAGACAUCAGCAAGUGAAUUUUGAGAAAAAGGGUACUUUAGCUUCACCUGUCCAACGGAUGGAAGAACUUGGUCCUUUUUGAUAAUAUGUGAAAUACUUAAUUUCAAGGUUAAGAUCAUUUGGGAAAGAAAGGCCCUCCAAGUUCAAAAGAUUAUUUUAAUGUGGUGACUUGGAGACAUAUAUCGGAUGCCAGCUAUGCAGCACUCUGCAUGUCACACCACGGGGCUCCACAAAGGCCUUGGUGUCGCUUUCCGCUGCCUUGAGAAAGCAGUCAACAGCAGUCAGAGGACUGACUUUCACCUCGAACUCCUGGGCACAGCUUCCUGAAUCUAGCAUUUCAAUAGUUCAGGUUCAUGGGGGGAUUAGAGGCAGAGUUUGGAAACAUCAGCUGUGUGUCCUGCGGCUCUCUCUAGAUGCUUCUCCCAGUAUUUGGUGGUCUUUGUUCCUUUAUUUAGUGUAAGUGUCCAUGUUGAGUUACUGUCAUCUCUUUCAUCUUUGUAGCUCUUUCUCCAAAGCUGAUAAGGAAUGUCUAUCCCCAGGCUUAGAUAAAACUUUAUACGUAAGUUCCCAGACCAAGUGAAAUCUGUCAUUAAAUGGUGGGUGGGGGCGAGUAGCUCUAGGCUGUUUCCACUUUGGGAGUCUCAACCUGGCACCCAGAAACUAUUUGAAGGACCUUCUGGCUGAAAAUUAAGAACCAGAAAACAAGUUGGAAAAAGAACUUUGAUAGAGUACAUGCUAUGUGCCAGUAGUGCACAAGUCUUUUUUUUCCCCCCUCCACAAAUGUAAAUGACGAGCCUGUGUGUUAAGGGCAAAAAUAAACUUUUGUACAAAGGGUAUUUUAA